GGGGAUUCUUGUGAGUACCUGUUUGGGGCGAUUGUGCGUUCUGCGGACCUCUUUGGGAGGACACCUAGACACAUCAGAAGCACACAAUGGAACCGGUGGCCUUUGUGGAUGUAGGUGUGAUCUUCACUGUAGAAGAGUGGGCGAUGUUGGAUGAUAGGCAAAAGAAGCUCUACAGAGAUGUGAUGAAGGAAACAUUUUUGAACCUGAUCUCCAUAGAACUCAAGUGGUUGAGAAAGACUGUGGAUAUCAGCGUGAUACUGAGUGUGAUGAAAACCAGGAAUCUACUCCAGAGAAUAUGGUUAAUAAUGACGUGCCUCCUGCAAAAACAGUAUAUGAAAGCAGAUUACAUGAAAGGAAUGUCAUUGAUGAUUCAUCCUUACAAGUUUAUCAAAGAGACCAAAGUAGAAGCAAUGAAUUUCAAUGUCAGGAAGCUGUGGUGAAGUCUUUUAAACCAACGAAACAUUGGAAAGAUAUCAGUCAUUUUGAAUCACUUCAGGUACUUGAAACCUCUCCUAGAGACAAACCUUAUAAAAACCAACAAUGUAAUGAAGCCUGUAGGAGUCUUCCUUCUGAUCAGCCUCAGGAGAGAAUUCACACUGGAGAGAAACUCAGUGAGAACAUCUUAAAGAGAUGUACACGUGACCAGAAAAAUCACGGAAUCCAUACAGGAGUGAAACCCUUUGUGUGUAAGCAUUGUGUAGAAGCUUUCAUUGAUUCCAGUGACCUCGUCAACCAUGAAAAAAGUCAUCUUGGAGAGAGAAGUUACAUUUGUAAGCAAUGUGAGAAAACAUGUUUUGAGAAACAUGAAGUAACUCACAGAGAAGUAAAGCCUUAUGAAUGUAAGCAUUGUGGAAAAGCUUUCACCCAUUCUAGUAAUUGUAACAUUCACGAAAGAAGUCACUGUGCUGAGAAGCCUUAUGCACAUAAGCAUUGUGAAAAAACCUUCACCAGUUCCAAUUCUUGUAACACUCACAAAAGAAUCCACACUGGAGAGAAAUUGUAUACAUGUAAACAUUGUGGCAAAACCUUUGCCACUUUGAGUUCUUAUAACACUCAUGAAAGAGUUCACACUGGAGAGAAGCCUUGUACAUGUAAGCACUGUGGAAAAACUUUCACCAUUCCCAGUCUGCAUAACUGCCACGAACAAAAUCAUAAUGUAAAGACUUCUUAUGCCUGUAAACAUUGUGGAAAGGCUUUCAACAGUUCCAAGCACUGUAAAAUUCAUGAAAGAACUCACACGGGAGAGAAGAUUUAUGCAUGUAAACAUUGUGGGAAAGUCUUCAGCACUUCUUAUUAUCGUAACAUUCAUGAAAGGAUUCAUACUGGAGAGAAGCCUUACUCGUGUAAGCACUGUGGAAAAGCCUUUACCCGCUCCAUUUAUCUUAAGAGACAUGAAAUCGUUCAUACUGGAGAUAAGCCUUAUGCAUGUAAGCAUUGCGGGAAAAGCUUCUCCACCUCGGAUUAUCGUGACCUUCAUGAAAGAAUUCACUCUGGAAAGAAGCCUUAUGCAUGUCAGCAUUGUGGGAAAGCCUUCAGGAGUUCUUCUCAUCAAAAGAGACAUGAAAGAAUUCACUAUGAAAAGCUUUAUGUACGUAAUCAUUGUGGAAACAGCUUGACUAGUUGUACAUACCAUUCAUGAAAGAAUUCAUACUGGUGAGAAACCUUGUGUGUGUAUUCUUGUGGCAAAACCUUUGCCAUUUUGAGUUCCUGUCAUAAUCAUAAAAGAAUUCACAUGUAAGCAUUAUGGAAAAACCUUUGCCCGAUCCAGUUAUCUUAACAUUCAUGAAAGGAGUCACAGUGGAGAGAAACCUUGUGCAUCUAAGCAUUGUUGAAAAAAACCUUCACUUCCAGUUGGCAUGACAGUCGUAAAAGGCAUCACGCUAGACAGUAGGCAAAUGGAUGUAAGCAUUGUGGGAAAGACCUUAUGUAAGCACUGUGGAAAAGCCUUCCCCAUUUCCAGUUGGUGUAAUGCUCAUGAAAGAUUAGAAGAUGCCAUACAUCUGUGAUCAUGUGGAAAAGCCUUUAGCAAUCAUAGUUCUGAUUAUAUCCAUAAAAGAAUUUCAUAGUGGUGGAAAACUUUGAAAUGGAUGUGGAAAAUCAAUUUAUAAUGUUCAGAAACAUCUUCCGGGCCGGGCAAUAGUGGCGCACAUCUUUAAUCCCAGCACUCGGGAGGCAGAAGCAGGCAGAUCUCUGUGAGUUCGAGACCAGCCUGGUCUACAGAGCUAGUUCCAGGACAGGCUCCAAAGCCACAGAGAAACCCUGUCUCAAAAAAAAACCAAAAAAAAAAAGAAAGAAAGAAAGAAACAUCUUUCAUAUAGCCAGAAUAUGCCUGCAUUUCUGUUUCACAUCCCUACACAAACCCGUGUGAUCUCACGGUGACAAGAAGUGCAGUGGGUAGCACUUCUACCAGCGUAAGUAUGCGAUGCUGCAUUUGAUCAGCUCGCCUCCAUUGUGAGGAUUGAAAGAAAACUGGUCAUGAGGUGCAUCAGCUAAGAGUAGUUCUCAUGCAAAACCUGAUUAUCUCAGUUACCUCCCUGGGUCUUACACUGUGUAAAUAAAAACCCGAGUCUUGAAAGUUGUAUUCUGACAAUCACAUGUAUACUUCCCAAUAAAUACAUACACAGAGACAUACAGGUGAGUAUGAAGUGAAUAAAAUGUUCAAAGCAGUUGAAACAAAAACUAAUAGAUACAUUUUUAAAUGUAGAAACACUGAGAGAACAAAGUGUGAUUCUUUUUUGUUGUUGGUUCUGUUUUGAUUUUUGAGACAGGUUUUUGUGUGUGUGUAAGAGUGUAAAACAGCUCUAGCUGUCCUGGAACUAGCUCUGUAGACCAGGCUGGCCUCAAACUCAGAGAUUCGCCUGCUUCUGCCCCCCAAGUGCUGGGAUUAAAGACGUGUGCCACCACCACCCAGAAAAAGUGUAAUACCUAACUCAUUAUAUGUGACUCUGUAUAUGAUAAAAACCACUUACAAGAUGUGGAAUAAUGUCUGUUUUGCCCUCUAUGGCUAGGACAGUACCUUUGAAUACAACUAUACUAGUGUUCUGAGUGAGAAUGGGCCCAAAGACUCGUAAGUUUGAAUACUGGGUUUCUAACUGAAAUGGGUACUAACUGAGAAUGGGUAAGAGGUAUGACCUGUUGGAGAACAUCUGUCACUCUCAGGAAGUUUUAAGGUGAUACAAAAGAUAGUGACACUCCCAGUGUAUUCUCUCUGCCUCCUUAUUAUGGGAUAGCAUGGCCAUUCUUUGCUAACACAGAUACUCACACUCUGUAACUGCAAGCCAAAUAUAACACUUGCUUUUAAAACUUGUUUUAGCAGUUGUGAUCCAUCACAGCUAUAGAAAACACAACCUUCUUUGGACCUUAAGAAGAUCCAUCCAAAUCCAGUCAAGAGAAUUUUCAUUGCAAAACUGAAAAAAAAAAAAAAAACGAAUUACGUGUCAUUUUGGAUAUGCUAAAAAAAAUUUUUCAUGUAUUUGAAUCUCAUGUAAGAUAUAAUACUUUCUGGAAGUUACUCCAGAAUAUUUUAGAAAUGAACAGUUUGAGGAAAGUAUAGUCAAAUUCUGAGCAUUUUUGUUAUUGGCCCAUUCUUUCACAGGAGUUUUGCUUUCAUUACGUUUUUAUUAGGAAGGCAAGAUGUGGUUUCUUUUAGUCCAGGUUAUCUUUUCACGUCUGAGAAUUUAGAGCCAGAAACCACAAAUGAAAGAGGAGAGAGAUUGAUCUUUCUGAAUAUGGGUUAAUGUACUUGUUUUCUAGUUGAUUCUAUGUGUCAAACUUUUCUGAUUUAAGAUUUCUUUAUAGCUGAAUGGUGUUCCAUUGGUGAUUAGAGAGGAGGCUGGGGAGGGCACUAGCUGGAUGUGAGGGCUGUGAGGAGAAAAAUGGGAAGACUGGAGGCAGAAGUUUCUAGUUUGGCACAGGAUGGGAAAGGUGAAUACAGGAAAGAGGAACAAAUACCAAUGUUUGAUAAUGCUUAAGAGUUGUUAUUUUGCACAUACCUAAAGUUAAAUACAAUACAUAAUAGUGCAACUGAGAUUAUGUAUCCACACAUGGAUAUACGUACAUGUGUAUAUUAAAUGACGUUGUAUCAUUUGACUUUGUAGUGCCUCCUCCCAAGAAUCCUGCACUAAUA